AUGCCUGGGCUCUGUGAUCUCCCAUCGGAGAUCAUUUAUCACAUUGCGAUACAUCUCCCAACCGCCCAUGCAUUAGCCAAUCUAGCUCAGACAUGUCACCAGCUCCAUCGAGUGGUCACCGCUGAAAACUCCCGCAUUUUCCAAGCUUUUGUACAGAGAAGAUUCCCUGGCAUUCCAUCAAAUGCAUACUGGAAAGAUGCAGCGCAAGCUCUUUCCUCCCGCUCACGGGCUUUGGAUAGGAAUGCUGUCAUCGGGCGCUUUGUGGUGCCACCAGAAUCAGCCACCAAAAUUGGCUCGCACGAGGUGACUCGUCAAGACAACCCGACCCUCGGGUAUAGACCUGCAAUUGAUUCUUACGAGAUAUGGAACGGACAGCACUGGGCAGAUAGGAAGGAGGUUCUUGCCUGGGGUGCCGCCAAUCAGCUGGUGAUGAGGAUCAAGAAAAGUGGCACCCGGCCGCAGGAGCAAUGGCUUCAGUUCAAUGAUAUUGAUCAUAUCAGCAGUUAUGAUGAUAUAUGCUCUCUGCACCUUUUGUCGGCGGACCCAAAGUACCAGAAAGAUGACAUGGAGCAUUUGAUAUUUGGUCGGAUUCGAGGUGACAUUGCUCAUCUGGCUAUCUGUCCACCAAAAGAGACAUAUGAGUAUCAACAGAGGUUCUUGACCUAUGGACUCAGACUUGAUAAAACAGAAAUUGGCAAUGAUGCUAGUCGUGUUCUAGCGGCUCAUUUUGAAAAUGGGUCGAUUGCUUUCUAUGAGACUGUCACCGAGCAAAAAGAAAUAGAGCCUUUCGCCUGGUAUCGACCGGAAGGUACAACCCGGAACAAAUACUCAAAAUUGCUUUCCUCAUCGUUGAUAGCUGUUUGCACUGGAGAAAAGCAGAAUACUCUAUCAAUCUCAAAAGUGACGCCCUACGGCGUGUCCCUAUGCCGAGCGAUUGGGGCCGAGAGUCUCGACACUAACUCGACAAGCCUCAAAUCCAAGGUCAACAUUGGGUGUAUCGAGCCUCUCAACAAUUAUGCAGUCUCGGGAUCUCCCGGUGAUGUCUUUUUGACAGCCUGGGAUGACUACACAGUCCGACUUCAUGACCUCCGCUCUCCGAAGCCCUACGAGGUCGCCUACAAGGAUGUCUCAGAUCUCAAUCCCAUCUACAGCCUGCACCCUUUCGGACACAAUCAUUUCCUAGCUGGGGCUGGCGGUGAAGCCAUCGUAAAGAUCUUUGAUCUCCGCAUGUGCAAUACAUACAACUAUCUUGAUGCACAGACCUCCGUCUCCCAGCGUCAAAGCCUCGACGGCCCAAAGCAACCAGUCACCAAAACGAAAAGAAACAAUCCCCAGAAUGGCUUCUCCAUAUUCCUUUCGAACCCAUCACCGCUUCCAUUUGGUCGAGUGCCAACUCGCCGACGACGGAAUCCCUACCGUGGUCCAAUCUAUACAAUGUCAUCGCCUUCCCCAUCCUCGCCAACUGUAUACACUGGUAUUGUGGAUAGCGUUGUUCGGCUAGAUUUUGCAUCAACGGAUGACUUGACUGGUUCGAGAAAAGAGUGGUUCCAUCAUAAUCUUGAUCUGGGAGUUGACACAGGCCCUGAACACCCGAGAGACCAUAAUGUGGCGCCAUUGAACCUGGCUGGUUAUGAACGUCCCCACGAAGAUGACCUCUCCACUACAUCUGUGUUGAGACGCCAGCGAGAAUUUUGGAAGGCCGGGUCUGCUGAUGCAGGGUUUGAAACAGUUACUGGCUGGGAUCGCAGGUGGGAAGGUCUGGAAGAGCCUGGUGCUUGGAGACGGAGGGAUGAGGACAUUGAUUUGUAA